AUGUUUUUGCAGAAUUUGAGAGGUAAGAAGCUGUCGUUAGCCAUUGCUUUGGCUGGCGCGUCGGCUUGGAUUUUGCAAGGAUACGACCAGGCCAUUAUGAAUGGUCUCUUGACAAUGGAGACAUUUGAGAAACAGUUCCCAACGCUCAAUACCAGUAGAUCCGGAGUGAACAAAGAGCACGCCACUGUGAUUGAGGGAACGGUCGUUGCUAUUUACGAGCUAGGGUGUGUGCUUGGGUGUGUUGCCUCUUACUUUUUUGGUGACAAGCUUGGUCGUCGCCGAUUCACUAUGACUGUUUGUACCGUCACGAUUAUUGGAGUUAUUAUCCAGACCACUUCUUAUCGUAUAACGCAGCUUAUCAUCGCACGAGUGAUUACUGGAGUGGGAGUCGGAGGUAUCACAGCCACGGUGCCGACAUACAUCUCGGAAUGCGCUCCAGCACGUUUGAGAGGUAAGCUAGUGCUUCUUUGCGGAUCACUCGCAAUUUUUGGCGUGGCACUGGCCACCUGGGUCGACUUUGGGUUUUAUUUCGUCAAAGACAGCUCCGUCAAUUGGAGAUUUCCAAUUGCACUACAGAUGCUCUUCCCUAUUAUCUGUAUUUCGCUGAUUCUCUUUCUUCCCGAGUCUCCCCGCUGGCUGGUGAAAGUUGGGCGUACAGGUGAAGCGGCAGAGGUGUUUGCUCGGCUGGAAGAUAAACCUGUUGAAAGCGACCAAGUUCAAGGAGAGAUCUCGCUGAUCCAGCAGUCUCUGUUGGAAGACCCAGCAGCUAUCAAAGCUUCUCCUUUCUCAAGAACCAAAAACAAACAUCUGAGGCGUAGUCUUAUGGCCAUUGGUCUCAACAUUGGAGCUCAGAUGACGGGAAUUAAUAUUGUCACCUUUUACUCCACGAGCAUUUUUGAGCAGCAGCUCGGCUACAGCUCUGUGGAAGCUCGUAUCUUUUCGGGGUGUCUUCAGAUCUGGCAAGCGAUGUGUGCAUUUGCUGCCAUCUUCUUGAUUGAUAUAUUUGGUCGGCGGUAUGCAAUGAUUCACGCCGCAGCAAUUAUGGGAGUUUGUCAAUUUAUUCUCGGGGGGCUUGCCUCAGACCUCGAAAAUCCAGCUACAGCAAAGGCUAUGGUAGCCUUUUACUUUGUGGCAAUGUAUGCCUUCCCUGUCGGUCUUCUCCUUGUGGUUUUCAUGUAUGCAGCUGAAAUUGCACCCCUCGAGUCUCGCGCCCAGAUUACUGCCAUCAGCACUGCAUGCAACUGGCUUUUCAAUUUCUUAGUGGCAGAAGCUUCUCCAACAGCAUUCAACAACAUUGGCUAUAGAUAUUACUUUGUCUAUGGAUCUGUCGCUUUUGUACUGCUUGUUUGCUUGAUUUUGUUUUUCCCAGAAACAAGAGACAGAAGUCUGGAGGAGAUUGACGAUAUAUUCAUUCAGUCUCAAACAUUGUUCGACACUGUUCGCGUGGCCAAGACAAUGCCAGUUCAAGGUGAUGCUGACUACGACCCUGAAAGAAAGCUCUCAUUUGAAACUAAAGACGUUGUCGAAUAUGUGGAGUGA